CUCUGUCGUCGUCGUCCUCCGCCCCCCGCCCGGCAGCUUCGGCAAUAGCAGCAGCAGCUGUCUGCGCCGCUAGUCCGCCGUCCUCCCAGCCGCCCGCCAUGGCUCGCGCGGGGGCCUCCUCCUCCUCCCCGCCACCGCCGCCACAACCUCCCUUGCCUCUCACUCGGGAGGCGGCCGAGGAGGAGGAGGAGGAGGAGGAGGAGGAAGACGACGACGACGACGACGAAAAAGAAGACGGAGAGGAGGAGGAGGAGGAGGAAGAUCCCCCAGCCCGGGCUCUCAUGCCACGCUCCUCCCCGGUCCCCAGGCCUCAGCACCCCAGCGCCCCAGAGAGCUGCUCUUCGUCAGAGGACGACGGGGAGGAUGAUGGGCACCACCAGCACCCUUGCUUGGCCAGGCCACUUUCUCAGCAUCCCACAGGCCUGCCUGGGCCACCUUCCCAGCAUGCAGUGCAGGACUGCCGAGGGCUCCCCUCCCAGCAUGCUCAAGGGCACCCUGGACUGUUUUCCCAAAAUGCCACUGCAGCUGCCACCCCCAUGGAGGAGCCCUCUCAGCACACCGCAGGCCGGCAUGUGCUGUUUGCUGAUGCCUUGGGCUUGCCCUUGGCACGCUGGCGGCGCUACCAGCCUUGGCCCCCACCUUCCCCAGAGUCUCCCCCUGAGGUGGCACCUUCCUUGGCCUCCCUCCCUCCCUCCACAAGCACUCCCUACCUUUUGCCAUCUUUUGUGUUGCAACCAGUGGGGCAAGAUGAGGAUGAGAAGCUUGAACGGCUGCACCAGGCCAAGAUAGAAUUGGAAGAAGUUUUGCCACCAGAGCCUGGAGAGCCACGAGUGCUUCGUGGUACUGUGCGUGUGCUCAACAUUUCUUACCACAAGGCUGUGCAUGUGCGGGCCAGCAGAGACCGGUGGCAAAGUCACCGGGAUUACCCCGCCCUCUAUAUUCCAGGGGGCUCACCAGAUGGAGGCCUGACUGACCGGUUUGCCUUCCGCCUGGAGUUUGGCGAUGAGGAAGAUGAGGAAGGAGGAGGAGCCCGGCUUGAUUUUGUGGUUCGCUAUCAGACCGAAGAAGGAGUUUACUGGGCCAAUAAUCAGGGCAAGAAUUAUAGUGUGGUACUGAAGGGGGCAUCGACUACCCAAGUUCUACCCACAAGGUCUUCUAAAGAAGGUGAAUCACGGCGGCUCAAGAGCUGUAUGAGGCCAGUCAAAAUCAGGUCAGGUGAAAAUGAGCUGCAAGUAGAGGACAUAGCUCAGUAUAUUUAUUCUGAAGAAACAAGUGUUGAAGGAAAUCUAUCCAAGGAAUUUCCAAACUCUUCUGUGAUGCAACCUUCAACUCCAAUAACACAGAUUCCUGAACUCACAAUCACUACUAACUCACCAGAAAAGAAGGACCCUUCUAAAGAUCAUCUUGUAGAUUUUACUGAUUCCCCACAGGGACAUGCCAUCAGGGUCCACACUACAUCUCAUGAGGAGCUGAAAGUGCCAUGGGGUUUCAUGCUAGGUACUGAAACCCAUUCCUUGGGACAGUGGGAUGCUCCUGAAUUCAGCAAGUGUGACCUCACCACAGAGGGCUCUUUCAUGGAAGAAUGCAUGGAGGAACAGUUGAGAAGAUACCAAGAGAUGCCCCAUCGCUUGGAGGAAGAUGCCAUAGAUAGAGAACUGGAACAGCUUUACUUGUCCCAUCUGAGCCGGCUUCGAGCAGAGGAGCUUGGAGGAAGAGGAGAGUGGUCUGAGGAGACCUCAGGCAGCAACACCAGUCCUGUACCAUCUCUCAUUACAUUGCGUCAGAAUGUCUUGACUGAUCGUGACUUGAUAGUCAACUGGACAGGCCCAGAGAGAGCACUCAACAGUUCCCUGGCAAAAGAGAUCACACUGUACUAUGCUAAGCAACGGGGCGAUGACUGCAGAGAUAGUGAGGAGGAGGGAAUUAUGGCAGGAUAUGCAACACAGGGACCACCUGAGGUGGUUGGACCAGGCCGUGAUAGCCCACCGGUCUUACUAGAAGGCUGCUUUCUAAAUCAUCUGGAAGAGGGAAAUCUCCAACAGAGUCCAAUGAAGGACUCUGACUCCUUUCCCUUGAGAGUGGUGGCACCCAACAUGUUGAGGCCGGUAAUUCCAGAGGCUAUGGUGAUGCCCCUUGUAGUUCCAGCCCGGACACUAGUGCCCCUACCAAAGUGGCCCACAGACCUGCCAUCCAGCCCUCUUGAUGCCCAUGGACAAGGCAGGUGCCAGGGCUUCUUGAUCGGGCAUGGCAGCCUCUGGCUGGGUGAGGGCCUUCAUGUCCACAAGCCCUCAGAAACCAAUCCCGUUCCUCAUAAUGAACUUGAAAAGAUCUUGACACGCUCCCUGCGGUUCCUCAGCCUCUUUGUCUUCCUUCCCGUGGUUUUCAACAGCUGCAUGCCUUUGGUGGCCGUUACACUUUACCUCCUUUUGGAUUGGUUCUCAUAAUUGGUAUGACUCUCAGAAGUGCCAAAAGGCCCUUGAGAAGAUCUGUAACUUGGCUCUAUUCCUGUUUCACCUGAUCAACUAAAAAUUUGGCAGUAGUGUCAGAUCUUUUUAGAGUUAAUAGCACAUCCAUUCUAAAUUUCCCAAGGUUCAGAACUAUUUAUUUUUAUUAAAUCAUCUGGUAUAAGAUAUGAAUUGCUUGGACAAUAAAAAUGAGCUAUAUGUAAAACUUGCCAUGAAUUGGAUCUGAGAUAGCAUUUGCAAGACCCAGAGGAGGUGAGAGAGGGCUCAAAGCCCCAAUAGCCCUCCCACUCUCCCUUUGCACUGUUCAUUCAAGAAAGCUAGAAGCAACAGCAUUGUCCAUCCUGUCAUUUGCAAGUAUGGAGAGGCAACUAAGGAUGCCUUGUCUAAAGGCCCUCAAAUCCUACUCAAAAGAGCCAGAAUAAUAUGUUUCCCUUUUCCACCUCUAGAAACAAAAUUCCUUGUUAAGAUUUAGUAGACUUUAUCUCUGUGUUUUCAGCCUUUCUCUUUCAGGUACUUGGCUGAAAUCCAGUUAGCUUACUUAUAAGAUUAAUUUAUUUCCAAUUUGGGAAUGAGGCAAGCAUUUCCUAAAAGGACCAUAUUCUUUGAUAUUUUUACAGAUACAUGCUUUUAGCAGGCUUUGACUGUAACUUGUUACAAAGCAAAACAUUAAUAUUAAGGGAUAAUUUCAGACUAUUUUAGAGUCUUAACAAAUUAAACGUUUACAUUUUUAGGGGAAAAAAGUCAAAAUGGCCCAUGUAAAACUUCUUAAGAUAGAACGUUUUAUUUAAGUACUGUCUGACCAUUCUCUAUAAAAUAUUAGUGCAACGUUUGGUAACUAAAUUCCUAGUACAGUAAGUCUGAGGAGCCUCUGUUUUUAUUAUAUUACAAAAUACCAACCUGUUCUGUGUAAGAGAUUUGGAGAAAUCAACUAGCUAGCUCAGUUUCUAUCUUGCUUUUCUCAUGGGCAAAUACAAAUGAUUACUAAUUAAGUGAAUUCUGCAUUAACAAACAAACAAAAAUCCCAUUGAGUUAAAAAUGGCCCCACACCUAGUGCUAAUCUGUUGUGGAAGUUCCCUUGGCUCUUUGGGAAAGAAUGCAGGCUUAGACCUGAAUAGACUACCAUGUGACAUAGCAGUCUAUCAACGUGAAAAAGACUAAUUAAUAGAUGACCCCUAAUCCCCAUUUAUUUUUUACGAGGCUGGGAAAUUGUAAAUAUGUUUUGAAAAUAUCAUGAAGCACUUUCUUUCAGAAUGUUCUCCUGUGCCAGCCUCAGUGAAUUUAACAAGAAAAGUCCAAAGGCAAAAUAGCACUUUUGUUGAGCACCUGAUUUCAGAAGGAUUUGUGCAAUCCUGGAUUGUGCUCCACGUUUCCGUAAUUUCCCAUUAUUUGAAUGAAACAGGGAGACAGACAGAAGUUUUCCAUUCCAAAGAAGAUGACAGCAUUUUCAGUUUAUUGUCCGUACAGCUUCUGCAAAAUACAAUCAGAACCAUUCCAGAUGGCCUCAACAAUCGCACAGCCAAGUUCCAUUCAUGCCCCAAUCCUGAGCCAUACCCAGCUUCUUAGGAAGAACUUUGGACUGCUGACUGUCUGUGCUUCUAGGACCCCUUUUCACUCCUGGAUCCUAUACUUCUCUGCCACUAGCAAGGUCCAACACAGAGGACUACAGGAAAGCUCCCUAAAACAGAUGGCCCCUUAUUUAUUUUUGUACCUGGUGGGAAGGCUGACUUUUUCUACCGUAGAAUUCAUCCCAAGAUAGAGAUUUUAUUUAUUAACAACUAGCAGUACAAACCCAGGCUGGUGGGUUUGCAGAAGAUUAAAAUAAUUUAUAUAUACAUGUUUGAUGUCUGCAGCAAAGGAGUAGAUUGGAAACAUCCUGUGUCUUUAUGUGCAAUAGGUUGAAAUGGCACUGAACUUGCUGUAAGAAGAAAGCCCACCCACUUUCAUGCUGCUAAAUGUUUUUCAUUAACUUCCUCUUGAAUGUUGUACUGUCAGCAGCUGCUGUGAUAUAGCUUGUGGGGCCUUGUGGAGGAAGUGGAGAUAUUUGUAUGGGUUCUGAAGCCACUUCUGUCUGCUGAUCCAGACAUGGUCCUGCUUUCCCUAUCCAUUGGUGAAUGCUCUUAACUAAGGAACAUGGGGAGGUUUGGAAAGUGGAAUACUGUUUGUGCUUCAUGAAGAGAGAUCUGUCCUGACGUCAGUCGUCAUAAGAAAAAUCUGCAUUUUCCAGAUAAAAGCUGAGAUCAGAAUGUAAUUAGCAGUCACGGCUGUGUGUGUGUGUGUGUGUGUGUGAGAGAGAGAGAGAGAGAGAGAAUGUACACAUACUUUUCUUAAUUGUCCUAUGGUUACAUUUUUUGUUGUCCUAAUAUUGUUCCUUCUGCCUUAUUCAAACUGUCAGAUCCUUCAUCAGACAAAUAUGUCUUAUACAUGUUCCACACCAUACAAGUUCUGAAAAUUAUUUGGUACCUCCACUUGGCUACAAAGCAAGCAUUGAUUAUACUUCAUACCUCUGUAGAAACACUUGGUCAAAGCCAAAAUCUUCAUAAGUGAGCAAGGCUGCCUCUGGUGGCAGAUUGUUGAAUAACAAUGACUACACAAUGGGAUAUAAAUAUAUAUCAUGGAGUUUUAUCCUUCAGAGAGUUCUUCUGCACAACUUGUAUUGAAAUGCAUAAUAUCUGCAUAGAACAUUCCUGUGCUUUUGCACAACUGGUCAUAUAAGUUAACAUGUGCAGGAGAAUUUAUAUGUGAGAUGUGCUUCAUGUUAAUAAGAGGUUUCUAUGGCUUUGGAGAUACCCAAAUUCAAAGUAUUUUGGAUUAGCUCUUGUAAAGCCAAGCUUAAUUUAGUACUUUUACUUUAUAUUGUUUUUGUUAAUUUUCAGCAUUCAGCUGGCCAAUUUAGAGUACAGUAAUUUCAAGGUUCUCCAUCUGCAUCUAGGAAGCUAGAGUUUGUGGAAGAAAGUUAUACUAGAUUCUUCCUUACUUUUAAAUGAAUUAUGUUCAGUAAUAUGAACUCCUACCUUCAAGUUCAAGGUUGUGUACUUUAAACAUAGUGUCAAUAAGAGCUAGAUUUCAGGUUGUUAUAAAAAAUCAUCUCUAUAACCACUGUUGUGUAUCUGCAUUAAUGUAUAAAUCUUUGCUCCCACUGGAUCCUGUAUACUAACUCUUCAACAACAUUAUUAUAGAAAAAUCAGUGGUUUCACUUCUCUGAGCAGCAAUAAUAAAAUGUAAUUCAGAGGAGAUAGGAAGUUUGGGUAAUCUUUAUAAUUAAUGUUGAAACUAAAUAGAUGUAAGAGUGCACCAAUAUAAUUGUAUGCAACAGGUUAGCAUGUGUAAUAAUUACAGCUACUGUUUGUACUACAUUAACAAGGUACACAUUUUUUCCGGGUCAUGAAAAAUACAAGCCAGGAACAACUAGGUAGAGCCAAAUUCAUAACUCCUUCCAUUUAUGCACAGGACCCCAUUAUAUUUCCAAUGUUAUAUUUGCAAAAAUCCAGGUGAUUUUCAGAACAACAUUAUAUUCUAGUCUAGUAUACUACAGCAGGAACAAAUAUGAAUCCUAUGAUAUCCUGAACGCUUACAUCUAAUAUAGCAUAGAUUUUUGUGGAUAAUAGUCCACGUUGUUAGAUAUCUGGAAUAGAGACAAGAGUACUAUAUAUUCACAGCCAGUUGGAAGAAUAGGUUAAUGGAGUUGGUAGAAAGAAAGGUCAGAAACAUUGAAAACUAUCUGUAGAUACUGGCCAAUAAUUCAAAAAUUAUCAGUAAUUUAACAAAAGAUCAACGGUUUUAUUACACAUUACACUGCAUGUGUUAAGCUCAUCAGUGUAAGAAUAACUACCACGUUCAACAGUUUUGUUAAUGGUCAAAGAGUUAUUUAUUUAUUUAUUUAUUUGUUUGUUUAUUAUUUGCAAAGUUAAACUAACUGGAGAUAGAUUUUGGAAUUAUUUUAAAAUGAUCAGAUAAGUGGUUGCGAUAGCCCAGAGGUCUAAUUUAUUAGAGAUGAGAGGGCGAUUUAUUUGAUCCUUUUUGUGGCUAGCUUUUUAGGCUGUGCUGACCUCUUCUUGUAGUAUAGCAGCUGGUUCUAUCCAGUAGUCUUAUCUUGAUGCAAAUUGACUUAUGCAUGCAGAAUGCAUUGUGGAGAUUUCACUUUGGCCACUGGUAUUUGUGGCUUUAUCCAUAAGAGACUUAUUUUCUGUGAACAGACGGAAUCCAUGCAGGUGGGGUGGGGUGGGGGAAUAAGCUGUGCAGGUUGAAUUAGUAUCAAGCUGUGGAUUUAUGAAUGAGAAAUCAUGCCUGUUCAGCCCUUGAAACUUAGCUUGCUGGAGAACACUAAAGAAGAGAAUUGGCAGUGGUACAUUUGUCUGUGAUUUAAAAGCAACAACUCUGCAUUCUUUCUUCAAUUUUGCAAUCACUCCAUGGUGUGGAAUUAGAUUACAAUCCCAGAAGCCUUAUUUGUUUUGAGCAGCCUUCCCCCAAGAUAGAGCCCUCUAGAUGUCUUGGACUCCAUCUUCUAGAUUGAGGCUGCUGCCUUUGAUCAUGUUCCUCAGCCAGGUCUUUUGCUAUGGAAAAAGAUCUGUGCAUGGCAGACUAUAGGGAGCAUGGCAGGGUUAUGUAUCUGCUACUGUAGAGCAAGGAAUUGGAUGGGAUUUGUGGGUGUGGGUGUGGGUGUGUUUACAUGUGUAUGUGUGUACAUCCUUUUGAGCUGUGCCUGCUUCAGAAGCACUAAUAAACAUCCUGACUAUA